UGAAGGAAAGCAGACAAAGCUUUCGACAGUGAAAAAAUGUGGUCGACGGUAACAGUAGCGGACCCGGAGGAACGAAGUCCCCUUCUUCAAAAUGCCAGUGAGAUAACUCCGUUUGCUUCGCCUUCGCCGGAAAAUCAAGAUGUCCGUUCAUCUGCUACUCAUCGGAAACAACGCCUCGCUUCUCUCGACGUUUUCCGUGGUCUAACUGUCGCUUUGAUGAUAUUGGUUGAUGAUGCCGGGGGAGCAUUUCCUUCUAUAAAUCAUUCUCCAUGGUUCGGUGUAACGCUUGCUGAUUUCGUUAUGCCGUUUUUUCUUUUCGGUGUUGGUAUUUCCGUUAGUCUUGUUUUUAAGAAAGUUACUAGCAAACCAGCAGCCACCAAGAAAGUUGUACUCAGAACUAUCAAGCUCUUUCUCUUGGGCUUGAUUUUGCAAGGUGGAUACUUUCAUGGACGUGACAAUCUAACUUUUGGAGUUGAUAUUCACCAGAUACGAUGGAUGGGUGUGCUACAGGUAUGUCCUAACCACAGGAUUUCAAUUGGAUAUUUGUUGGCUUCAAUAACUGAGAUCUGGUGUAUUAACAAGAAUGAAGUCAAUUCAGCCAUUGCAUUUGGAAAGAAAUACUACAUUCAGUGGGUGGCUGUUCUUGUAGUAGGUAUAAUAUACAUGUCUUUGCUGUAUGGUCUUUACGUUCCAGACUGGGGAUUCGAAGUACCAAACGAGAACUUUUCUGUAUUAGUACCAAACCUUGGGAAGGAGACUCAAAUUGUAUACUGUGGAGUCAGGGGUAGUCUAGAGCCUCCAUGCAAUGCAGUUGGCCUGAUUGAUCGACUUCUCCUUGGUGAAAGUCAUCUAUAUCAACGUCCUGUAUACAAGAGAACAGAGGAAUGCAGUAUUAAUUCUCCAGAUUAUGGACCCCUUCCACCAAAUGCCCCUUCUUGGUGUCUUGCUCCAUUUGAUCCAGAAGGCCUUCUAAGCUCAUUAAUGGCUGCAAUUACAUGUUUCUUGGGGUUGCAGUAUGGACAUGUUAUGGUGCAUUAUAAGGGUCAUAUGCAGAGGAUUAUUAUUUGGUUAGUUUGUUCUUCUUCUCUGCUUUUAUUGGGAUAUGUUUUAGUGGUCAUAGGCAUUCCUUUAUCCAAACCAUUAUAUACAUUGAGUUACAUGUGCAUCACAACAGGAACUUCAGGCAUUCUCUUGAUAGCCAUAUAUUACACAGUUGAUGUCAUACAUAUCAGAAAACCGACAAUGCUGUUUGAAUGGAUGGGUAUGAAUGCUCUCAUUGUUUAUGCUUUAGCUGCUUGUGACAUCUUUCCAGCAGCUUUGCAAGGUUUCUAUUGGCGUUCACCUGAAAACAACCUGGUAAAUGCUACAGAGUCGCUUUUUGAGGCCACACUUCAAUCUGAGAAAUGGGGUAAGUUGGUUUUUGUUUUUUUGGAAAUAAUAUUUUGGGGUCUUGUCGCAGGAUUCCUCCAUAUGAAAGGGAUUUACAUAAAAAUGUAAAAGUUUCCCAGAAUCCUAUCCCUUGUAAUUAGUGACUUAAAAAUGUAAAAGUUUUCCUCUUUCAAUAUAAAUGUUAUUAGCUUUA